UUUUUCUUGUAGGUCAUGUACGGAUUACUGUUUCUCUGGAUUUUUGUGAAUGCAGAGCGCACCGAAGGCUGUAAAAUAUUUAUAAAGAAAAAGGAUAUACUUGAAUAUGAAUUUAAUGAGAAAACGCUCCUCUCGUUCACAAGUUUAACGAGUAUGAAAACUAUAUUUUUCGAAUGGUGUUUUGAUCCGUAUAAUCCUUGUACAAUUUCAAAUCCAUCUCUUAAUGAAACCUUUCGACUUGUGACCAUCGGAAAAGGAGCCAUGUUGAUUAUAAAAAAACUCAGUCAGGAUACCUUUGGAACGUACGCAUGUUCGUCAAAAAACAGCAAAGGAGACAGUAUAUUGAUACACAUUGUCAAUGACACAGUAGCAUACGAAAGGUUAGAUAACCUUUCGCAAAACUCAGAUAACACCCGUCAACAACUUUCACCGCCCAGAAGGACUGACAGUUUCGGGUUGAUGGUAACAUUUGAUAAAAACCGUUUUUUACUAUCAACGACCAUAUUGCCUGGACUCGCGAUGAUAUUUGGUCAGUAUUAUGGUGUUCUUCUGUUCAAGUAAUGUAUACAAAAAUUGACCCUUUGUUAGUAGGAUUGAUGGA